UAAUGAUAGAUUUUUGUUUACUUAUUCCUUAUUCAGACGUCUUGAAGUUGAGGUUAACAUGUAAGUCAAGUGAUUUAUCGUUAAACAAAGUUUUUUAUAAAAAGUGAGUUGUUAGCUGGCCUAGUCUAUUGGACUAGUGGUUAUUAUUAUUGGUUUUUUGAGCAUUUGAGAAGAUUAUCUCUUUUAUACGUAGGAUUUUUUUUAAAUUUUGACUUUCUAGGAUACAAUGGGGUUUGAAGUUGCUUAUGAUCCCGGAGAAAAUAUAAAAAUUGUUAAAGCUGUUGAAAAGUUCCCUGUGUUAUAUAAUACAAGAAAAUAUCCUCCAAUUGAAUUUAGAGGAGUGUCAGACCAAGCUUGGACCAAAGUUGCAUCUGAGUUGGGUGUAUCAGAGGGAUAUUGUAAAGGACGUUGGACUAAUAUCAGAGGAUGUUUCAAGCGAUAUUUAAAAAACAAAGCCCGAAGUCAAUCAACCAAAACUUAUUAUCUUGCAGAGUAUUUAAAUUUUUUAUUGCCAUUCAUGAACAUAGGGCAUCAGGCUGAACGUACUGUUCAAAAUAAUAUACCAACAGAAGCCAAACGUCAUGAGAUGGACGUUGGUAAUGAGUUAGAGGUAAAGCUUGUAGAUUCUGAUGGAGAGGAAGAAAGUUUCUUUAUUUCUACAUCAAACAACUCUGAGGUAACAUCUAUGAUUGAUGGAGAGAGAAAUGCAGAUUGGGACUUUUUUUCUAGUUUAUUACCAGAUGUUCAAAGGAUGGAUGCUGAACAGAAAUCUAAAUUUAGAAAUGCACUUCUCACCGCCGUAGAUAUAACAUUAUAUGGAGAAGAAUUUUAAUAGUAAUUGUACUAUUUAAUUCAUUUUCUUCAAGAGGUUAUAAGUCUAUUGAUUGUAAAAUUUCAACCAUUAAAAUGUUUUGUAUUUCA